GGACAGGAAGCGCCGCCGAUCACAGUCUGUGAUCGGACCGCUCUAGAUGAGACAGAAACCCGACGGGAGGAGGAAGUGGUGGGUAAGUGCUUCCGGGUCUUCUUGCGUAGACUCCGCCAUCUUCCCUUCUAUUGAUUUGACCCGCUUAUUUUGUUUUGUUUUAUUUUUCCUCUUGACAACAUUGCUUUGUACGCCGUGCGCUAUACGUAGCCUCCCUCCCCCCCUCUGGUUCAAACUCUGGUCUGAACAAGUCAGCAUCCCGUUUCUCGGGAUCGUGUAAAUUGUGACGGGGAAGGGAGAGGAAAAGAAAGGGAAUUGGCGUGUUGAGCCUCGUGGGCCGCCGUUGUCUCGGGCGUUCGUUUCACACUGCCUGUAGGGAGUUGUAGUCCUGGACCGGGGGUGCCUGGGAGGCGGGAGAGGGGCCGGGGUUUCUCGGAGCCUGAUCCACGCGGGCCGGGUCCGGGGGCCUCCCGCUUGGAGUCGUGGGAACUGCAGGUCUCACCCGGAGAGACGCCGCACGCGGAGCCCGCGCCGCUGCCGUUGCCAGCCGGCUACCGGGCCGAUUCCAGAGUGGAACUGAGUAUUUGAAAUAUUUCAACCAUGACUAAAAGAGAAGCAGAGGAGCUGAUAGAGAUUGAGAUUGAUGGAACUGAGAAAACAGAAUGUACAGAGGAAAGCAUUGUGGAACAAACCUACACGCCAGCUGAAUGUAUAAGCCAGGCUAUAGACAUCAAUGAGCCGAUAGGUAAUUUAAAGAAAUUACUAGAACCACGAUUGCAGUGUUCUUUGGAUGCUCAUGAAAUUUGUCUUCAAGAUAUCCAGCUGGAUCCAGAACGAAGCUUAUUUGACCAGGGAGUAAAGACAGAUGGAACUGUACAGCUUAGUGUACAGGUAAUUUCUUACCAAGGAAUUGAGCCAAAGCUAAAUAUCCUUGAAAUUGUUAAAACUGCGGAAACGGUUGAAGUGGUGAUUGAUCCAGAUGAACACCAGGCUGAAGCAGAAGCCCAUCUUGUUGAGGAAGCCCAAGUGAUAACCCUUGAUGGUACAAAACACAUCGCAGCAAUUACAGAUGAAACCUCAGAACAAGUAACACGAUGGGCUGCUGCACUGGAAGGCUACAGGAAGGAACAGGAACGCCUUGGGAUACCCUACGAUCCUAUUCAGUGGUCCACAGACCAAGUCCUGCAUUGGGUGGUUUGGGUAAUGAAGGAGUUCAGCAUGACUGAUAUAGACCUCACCACACUCAACAUUUCGGGAAGAGAAUUAUGUAGUCUCAGCCAAGAAGAUUUUUUUCAGCGGGUUCCUCGGGGAGAAAUUCUUUGGAGUCAUCUGGAGCUACUUCGAAAAUAUGUAUUGGCAAGCCAGGAACAACAGAUGAAUGAAAUAGUUACAAUUGAUCAACCUGUGCAAAUUAUUCCAGCAUCAGUGCAAUCUGCUACACCAACUACCAUUAAAGUUAUAAAUAGUAGUACAAAGGCGGCUAAAGUACAAAGAGCUCCAAGAAUUUCAGGAGAAGAUAGAAGCUCACCUGGGAAUAGAACAGGGAACAAUGGUCAGAUCCAACUGUGGCAGUUUUUGUUGGAACUUCUUACUGAUAAGGAUGCUCGAGACUGUAUUUCUUGGGUUGGCGAUGAAGGCGAGUUUAAGCUAAAUCAACCUGAACUGGUUGCACAGAAAUGGGGACAACGUAAAAAUAAGCCUACAAUGAACUAUGAAAAGCUCAGUCGUGCAUUAAGGUAUUAUUAUGAUGGGGAUAUGAUUUGUAAAGUUCAAGGCAAGAGAUUUGUAUACAAGUUUGUCUGUGACUUGAAGACUCUUAUUGGAUACAGUGCAGCAGAACUGAACCGAUUGGUCACAGAAUGUGAACAGAAGAAACUUGCAAAGAUGCAGCUCCAUGGAAUUGCUCAGCCAGUCACAGCUGUAGCCCUGGCUACUGCUUCUCUACAAACAGAAAAAGAUAAUUGAGUAAGGCCCAGGACUUUCUGGGAAACUAAGGUCUUUCUUAAAUAUUUAGAGCAAGCAGUUGCUCUUACCUUUAUUACUAAAUUUGAAUCUUCUUUUAUUUCUAGAUUGUACAAUCCGAUGCAUGAUUUUUUUUAUAAAUAUUUCAUACUCUUGUGAAUUUGGAUCUUUUUACUUUGAGCAUAUAUUUUACAAAAUGCAUAUGUUAAAGGAUCGCUACAACUAUCUGCAGGGAAAGCAGGUUCCUUGUGGGAUAGUUGGUUAACAGUCAGAAAAGCUAAAGUGGUCAGUAUUAAUGCCUAGCCCUACCAAAAAUAGCCAGUAGCACCUGAAGAUAAAAAAGGUGACGCGUCUCCAGGAAACAGUCUGGCUUAUCUGUUUUUUUAAAUACUGCUGUUUCCCUUCUCUGCUACUUUAGAUGUUGCUUUACAUAGAACCAGAAAAUGGACUCGCUAAGCUAAAGCAUGUAUGCCUGUUUCAUCUAAUCAAGCAGAGUUAAGAUGUUCAUAGAGGAUAAAAUUAUAAUAAUAACAAAUUACUAAACUAAGAUUAUGAGGUUAUUAAAAUAAUUUACCUAUUUGCAAGAAAAGCAUGAUAAGUUGACUGGCAAAAGAGCAGUGCUGAAGAAGAAUGAGAUCCAGGUUUAAAUCUAGUUUAAGCCAUUACUGAUGGUUUUCUGUGAAGAUGAUUCAUUGUGUUAGACCAAGAAUUUAAGUUAUUUUGAGAGAGGCAUUCUAAUAAAACAGCUAUUGCAAAAAAAAAAAAUCUGAAUUUAUCUCUGUUUUUCCUGUCAGAGAUUAUAAAAGCCAAAAGAAGUAUACCUCAGCUAGAAAAUAAAUUUGGUAUAGUUUGGUAUAAUGCCUUUAAAAAAAUAUAUAUUACUCUGUAGCCAGCUCAUGUAGCACCACUCAUGUAUUCUGAUAAGUUAAGUAUUUUAGGUCAGGUAACCCUUUCAAGAUGUUAGUAAGUUACUUUAAAUGUUUAUGAGAGGGAAACCUAGUCUCCAUUAUUGGCAGUCUUCUCUUUAAAGAAAAACUUCCCCCUUCCUUAUUUUUUUCCUUUUGAAUCAUAUAUGUAUGUACAAAUAUCUAUUAUAUGUCCAAUUGACCAUACCUAUACACAUAUAUAUAUGAAGGCUUAAAAAUAUUCAAAAGGACAAUUAUUAAAUUACUUUUAGUUAAAUAAUCUGUAUGUGAAAUUCCUUACUACAAACUAACACUAAACAGAGAUAGCUUUAAAAAAAAAAGUCUCUCAUUGUUUCUACAAUGUCAUGUGCAAGUCAAAUGUGAGACUGGGUAGAGCUUUUGUAGCAGAAAGGCCACUCCGAAGAUAAUCCUUUCUAUACCUCUCUUAUCAUUUCCUUUGAAAUUCAUCCCCAGAGCAGCUUUAGAAGUUGCUUUUCACUGUUGAUUAGGAGGGGUCAGGUACUGCCAGCACUAAGCGGUGCCUUAAAUGAGCACGAUAGUCAGAAUCUUAGGGACGGGAAGACAAGGCAGGUCUGAUUUCCUUAUCUGGUAACUUUAAGUCAUUUUCAAUACUCGCUACAGGAUUUCAAACUGCACUGUUACUUCAUUUAUACUGUAUAAGGCCGUUAAGAUUCUGUAGUAAAUACCUAACAAAAAUUAAAUCUGUAUCUUUCAUUUAUACCUUUUUAUAAGUACAGAAAGCUGAUUGACGAAUUAUUAGCACUCAUUUGGGCACCAUGGCUUUAAGAAUGUUCAAAUAGAAUGUUACAACAUGUAACAGUAUAUAGAAACCCCUAACAUCUGGUCACAGUAGCAGCUAUCAAAGUUUUGCACCAUCCCUUUAAGUCAUAUGGAAUUGAUAAGUCAUUUCUUGUUUUAAAAGAAAAUACUAAAGUAUAAUCUGGUAUCUCAAGAGCUUAAGAAUCUUGACUUUUAGAUUUGAAAUUCUUUUGAUACAUUAUGUUUUAGCAAAGAAGACAACAGAUUUUAUAUCUCAAAUUCCUUGUAUGUGUUUUGAAGGAAAGGAAUAAAAACAAACUUUUUUCUCCUUUAAGCAUUCUUCAGAUGCUUUUUAUCUUUUUUUGUUAAACUGUUUUCCCCCUUGGGAAGUUUUUGUUUCGUUCUUUGUUGUGUGAAGAGUUGUGGAGUGUGUUUAGAUGCUCCUUAUUUUUCACUUCUCCCACCAUCUCACCAUCAUUUUAUGCACCAUUACAGCUGACAUGUCUCAUUUUUCCAAUUGAUUUAAGAAGCAUUUUCAGUACUAUGUCUCAACGGAAAAAUGAAAUAUUCUGUUGCCCUUAUUGAGGUGACAGUUUCCUAUUAACCGUAACUGUUAAGAAACUAUAAUUCAUGCUUAGUUGUUUUUUUUCCCCCUGUAGAAUGAUAUAUUCAAGGAAAACAGACAUAUUGUUGAUCAUCUUUUGUACUGAGUACAAAAUAAUGAAAUGUUCACUUUUGUCUUAAAGCUGUCUUUUUUCUUGCGAAGUUUAUAUUUGACCAACUUCCAUACUGUCUUGCUAGCUUGAAAGUUUGUGUUGGCACUGGAAAAAAUCAAACACAUAACACAGAAUUGCCAUGUGUGGUUGAUCUUCACAUACAUCAAUUGAUUCCAUUCAUUUUGGUAUCAAUCUGUGUCAAAUUAGGAAAAUUAAUUGUUUUUUCCCUGGAUGAACGGUAAUACCCCAGUAUGAUAUUUCUUUUUAAGGGCUGUGCCUCCACAUAUUUUUGGUGAGGUCUGCUGUUUUCUGCAUUCAUCAUUUUUGCUACUUUUAUAAAGAACUAUGUAUCUUUGAAAUAGCACAAGAAUGUUUAAAAAUUCUUAAUUACAAAAGCAGCUUAAUGUCUUUAGACCUAAAGCAUAUAAAAAUAUGGAUACUUCAAUAUUUCAUUAGUUUCCAGGAAAAAAAAAUACUCGCAAUCUUUUGUAAAAGGAGGAGGAUUUUUGCAUACAUUUUUACUCUUUAAAUAAAGACGCUUAUACUCUCAUAAUAACAA